AUGCCUAGUACAGAAGAAAUGACCACGAUUCCUACCAUUCCUGCCACCCCAACUUCUCCUACUUCUCCUCCCACUCCUAUCAUAAGAAAACGAAAGUCUCCAGGUUCACCUAUUCUUUCGGAUUUACACUUAAACCAACUUAGUCCUUCAGUUUCACCAAUACCUUCAGUAAAGCGUUGCAAAACUUCAAGUUCCUCACCUUCACCUAAUAAAGAUUUACUCGUGAAACGUCUCACUUCUAAAGCAAAACUUCCAUUUCGUGGAUCCGGUCAAGCUGCUGGUUAUGAUUUAUUCAGUGCGGCUGAUAUGGUUAUUCCAGCUGAAGGAAAAGCUUUGAUUCCUACAGACUUAUCAAUUGGUAUUCCAGCGGGAACUUAUGGUCGUGUUGCCCCAAGAAGUGGACUUGCUUUAAAAAAUUUCAUUGAUUGUGGUGCUGGAGUCAUUGAUCCUGAUUAUCGUGGCCCAUUAGGAGUUCUUUUGUUUAAUCAUAGUAAACUUGAUCAUCAAGUUAAAGAAGGUGAUCGAAUCGCGCAACUUAUUCUUGAAAGGAUUCGUACUCCAAAUGUCAUUGAAGUCGAUGAAUUGGAAGGAACUGAACGUGGUCUUAAUGGAUUCGGCUCUACUGGACUUCGAUAA